AUGUCUAAAGAUAUAAAUGACGAUAGAGAUAACAAAAAGAAGAAGAAGAGUGAAUCAUCACUACCAUUCAAGGGUAUUAUAAAUAGUUAUUAUCUUCGAACAAAGAUAUUCAAUCAUGUCAACCAUAUUCAUCAAGCAAUAGUUGAUAGUUUCGAUGGACGUAAACAUCUAUAUUUGAAACCGAUAUUGAUAGUAAAAAUACCUCAAGUGAUAUCAUUACAAGAGUUUAUUAGAAUCAAUAGAACUGACUUGUUUAUUGAUCAUUUCGAUAGAGUAUAUGAUACAAUCAAGCAUUGUUGUAAAGAUGGUGAUGAUGAUGGUGUUGUCAAAUUGGAUCACGAUACUGUAUUCAAAGAUUUAUUGGAUGUGAUAGUAGAGAGAGAUGAUUCGAUUGCAUUGGAUUUCAUGUUGAAUAGAUUCUCGUUUACUAUUCAAACCAUUAUGCUAUCUACUUAUCGCCACCGUCAGACACUAUCGAUAGAAGUGUAUAAAGUAUUGAAGCUAUACGACUAUCUUACUGCCCCUGACAUUGAUUAUUAUUCAUCAAGAUACAUCGAGAGUCUGUUGCGUUGUCUCAUCAACUCUGGUGACACUGCAAUGUUUGACCAGUUUUGUAUAGAUACAAAUUGUCUUGAUGCAAUCAAGUCACAAAGAAUUAGUGGAUAUGAAAGUAGAGAUAUAUUUAUAAAUAUAAUCAACAAACUAAAUAACAAUAACAACAACAACAACUAUCCAUCUAAUAAUAAUAAUAAUAAUAAUAAUAAUAAUAAUAAUAAUAAUAAUAAUAAUAAUAAUAAUAAUAAUAAUAAUAAUAAUAAUAAUAAUAAUAAUAAUAAUAAUAAUAAUAAUAAUAAUAAUAAUAAUAGUAUAAUAAUUCAUAUGGCCGAAAGAUUAUUAAAUCUUGGAAUAGAUUUAAGAAAACUAUUAUUUGUUGGUGCAUUGGAGUGUUCAAAUAAUCAAGAGAUAUUAAAAUGGAUAAAGAAUAGUUUUGAUAGUUUCGAUCAGUUUGUCGACUUUUAUCAUCAAUCAAAUCUAGAUAUUGAGAGUUUUGCAUCAAUGGAUACUCUCAAGUUGAUUGAUUACCGAGAACCAAAAAGCAACCUUCAACAAGGGUGGGCAUCAUCUGUUGGUAAUUUAGAUUACCUCAGAUAUAUGGUGAACCAUAAUGACCAAUAUCUAUUUAAAAUGUCACACCUCGAAACGGCGUUGGAUAGAGGACACUUGGAAUGCGCCAAUUUUUUAAUUGAUGCCGUUUCUCGAUAUCCAAGACGCGACAAAACUGCUCGAUGUGGCUCUAUACAUCCAUCGAUCAUGUCAUUGGAUCUCGUUCAACGCUUGGUCAAUCAUCCAAACAUCGAGAUAAACAAUUCUCAGCUGAUCCCUUCAUUAAUCAACAGACCAGACAUUCUAGAGUACAUUCUUUCACUCGAUUCAUUUUCUUCUGCCUAUAUUGAACCCUCCCAUCUCUUCCAUAACCCCAUUUCCGCCCAAUUAUUGCUUAAUCGUCCCCAAUUCAACCAACCUACUCGGUAUAUGGGUUUUAUGCAGCAAAUACCCAAGCUCCAAAAACAAGCACUAGAGUUGUUCUAUUUGCGAGGCCAUUCACUUGAAUUAGUGGAUGAAGACCAAAUGAUGAUGGUUGCACCCAGGUGGGACGGAACUCCGGUAGAUAUAGAAGUUCUCCAAUUGAUUAUCAAACACGAAUCAAUCAAGAGUAUAUCACCAUGGGUUAUUAUGACAAGAUACGGCCAAUACGAUGACCAUAUCGAGUUGUUAAAGGAUGCAAUAGUUGCACAGUUGGACAGAGACGAACCAAAUCUCAUCAAAGACAUCAUUAUUCAAGUAUUCAAUGAUGCAUGUAAGAAUGGAUUGAUCAAAGUUGUCGAAUGUUUUAGUCAUUACACUGGUUCUUUUGUGUUGUUUGGAAGUCGAGGAUUUGAAAUAGCUCUUGAAAACAAUCAAAUUCAAGUUGCAAAGUAUUUGGGUCAAGAACUAGUUAAAAUCUUUUCAACAACUAUUGAUACAAAGGAAUCAAAGAGAAGAGUGGGCUUUUCGAAAUAUAACAAUACCAAGGGACCAAUACAGAUAGUGGACCUUCCAUUAAUACUUUCAGUAUUAAACAGAGUAGAGGAUGAUCAAGUUUUCGAAUAUUUUUGGAAUCUUUUCAAAGCACUGACAACAGAUUCUGAACUUGUCUCUCGUACUAUUGGAUCACCAUCACAAAAUCGCACAAACAACCGACAUUUAACAAUUGUUAGAUUGGAUCGAAUGAUUAAACAUUAUGGUCAAUAUUAUAAUGGCUGUGAAAGAGAUGAAUAUCAAAUGAAACCAUUGACAUUAUCAUAUGGAUAUCAAGCAGUAGUAAUCAAUCACAUCAUCACAAAAUAUCAAAAUGAUACAACAGUCAACCAAUUUAUCGAUAUUGAAUCAUUUGAUUAUAAUGAAUAUUAUAAAUAUAUAAUAUAUAAUUUACAUCAAUGUUUGAUUCCCAUAUAA